UAUCAGCUUGAAGCAUGUGGUUGUGGGUUGUUCAUUUGAGAAGUUGGGACUGAAACAUACAGACGUAUACUGCUAACAAUCAAUCCACUCCACAAGCAAGAUGACUGCUGUGUUAGUGUUACUCGUGAUAGGGCUGGUUUCUAGCAGCAGUGUCUGUCCAGACGGUACAAAAUGUCAAGACAAAAAUACUUGCUGCCAAACUAAGACAGGAUAUGCAUGCUGCAAAUAUCCAUCUGCUGUUUGCUGUCCAGACAAGGCCCACUGCUGUCCACAAGACUACCAGUGUGACCUAGAGACUCAGCUGUGUGAGAAAAAGGGGCUUCCAUGGUAUAGAAUCCCUCUUUCUCCUCAGAUAGCUGCAGAGGAGGAAGAGAAAAGUACUCCUGCUCCUCUGGUGAAAUCUGACAAUCCUUCUGUCUCUGUGGUUUUCUGUGACAACUUCAAUACCUGCCCUGAUGGUACAACGUGCUGCAGGUCUCCUUUUGGGCAGUGGUCGUGCUGCGUAUACAUUGUGGGUCAGUGCUGCCGUGAUGGCCUCCACUGCUGUCCCUUUGGUUAUCGCUGUGACAGCACAUCCACCUACUGUUCUAGGGGAGCACUGAGACUUCCUGCAUCUCCACAGAUUGCUGCGAUGCAGAGCAACACCAUUCAGUCUCUUUCCCCUCAGAUACCUGCUGAAAAUGAAGAGAAAAGUACUCCUGCUCCUCUGGUGAAAUCUGACAAUCCUUCUGUCUCUGUGGUUUUCUGUGACAACUUCAAUACCUGCCCUGAUGGUACAACGUGCUGCAGGUCUCCUUUUGGGCAGUGGUCAUGCUGCGUAUACAUUGUGGGUCAGUGCUGCCGUGAUGGCCUCCACUGCUGUCCCUUUGGUUAUCGCUGUGACAGCACAUCCACCUACUGUUUUAGGGGAGCACUGAGACUUCCUGCAUCUCCACAGAUUGCUGCGAUGCAGAGCAACACCAUUCAGGAUCGGUGCUGCCAGAGUGAGACAGGCUGCUGUCCCAUCGGGUUUCACUGUGAUGAGGAGAGCAAAGCCUGUGUGAGAGAUUUCGACCAUUCAUCUCCACUGAAUGUCCAGAAUCAGGCCGGGAUUAUACACUGCAGUGACCGAUUCUAUUGUCCAGCUGGAAAUAGCUGCUGCAAGACACUAACCGGCCAAUGGGCAUGCUGUCCAUAUACUCUGGGUCAGUGCUGUAAGGAUGGAAAGCACUGCUGUGAGUAUGGCUAUGACUGCAAUUGUACAUUUACUAGAUGUAAAAAAGGCUACUCAAGCGCUCCUGCUCUUCUCACAAAUGAAGCACUGCUCCUCUGAAUGCAAUUAAUGUAAUUAAGAGAAUUUCAUUUGAUCAACAAAUGUCAUACUUUUUUCUAAGCUUUAUGAUUUGAAUUUUGUUAUACUACAAUAAGCAGAAGCAGUUACCAAAAAUAAAUGACAAUGCAUAUGUUAAUUAAUAAAAAAGUUAUUUUAAUGCC